AUGAUAAAGUGUUAUAUUUUUUUUGCAUUUUUAUCUUUAUACUUUUCAAUAUAUGCUCAAACAACGACAUCUACAACAAUACCACAAUUAUCUGAGGAAGCAUUUGCUAAAAAACUUAACGAAAAAUAUUAUGAUGGCGAAGCAUUAAAUAUACCGAUUGGAGAAGAUGCUGUUAAUGAUCUUCAUAAACAUUGGAGUGAACAAGCAAUUUCAGGUUUGAUGGCUGCAGUAUCAUCAUAUAAAAUGCAUUUGAUGAAAAAAGAUGCUAAAAAUGAACUUGAAAAUUGUUCAAAAAGUGCAUAUAAUAUAAAAGAUCAUGCUAAAUGUGUCACAAGAGCUUUACAAAGUAUUGAACAUCGUAAAGGUAAUAGAUGGACAGUUUUUACUGGUAAAUCAAAACAAACGUUAUCAUCACCAAUAAUAAAUAGAUCUAAAAGAGAUAUCAGUGAAUAUAAAGUUAAAAAGUCAGAUAAUUAUAAAUUAAAGGAUAAACAUGAUCAAGGUAUAUUAACAGCAUUAGCAAAAUAUUUACAAAAAACAAUACUUAUUGCUAAAAAUAAAAAUGAAACAAAAAGUUGGAGACGAUUGAUAAAUGAAGUUAAAACUAUGGGAAAACAAAUAGAAAUGGAAGAUAAUAUACAAGAACAGAAUGUAAAAAAAUUUGGUAAUACAAUUGCUAAAAAUAUACUUAAAAAAACAAAAGAAGAAAGUGAAGCAAAAAUUUUAAAAGAAAAAUAUGAAAAAGUUAAAGAUAUAAGACUUCCAUUAAAAGUUUUAAGAGAAGCUGUUAAAAUAGGUAUGAGGGUACUUUCUGGUUUUAACCCCGCCAUAUACUGA